AAAGUCGCACAGACGUGAUGAAUAGUGUAUUUGUAAAUUCAUUAGGGCCGUAUAUAAAAAUCAGUUGUCGAUGUUAUGUGACCUUAUUCCCUUUGACGUGACUUUGAAGGGAUCAAAAAGGGAGUGAAGAUGUCGGUUACACCAUGGUAUAUCCUGUUUUCUAUGUGUUUAGGCCCUGUCGUUUUCGGUCAAAACCUUUACAAUGACUAUUUCGGGCGGGGCAAUAGAAUAGGCAACACAGUCGAUAUUAUUGGAAGUGGAAGAAGACUGAUCACAGGUUACAAUCCCUUCUCGACCGGUCGUUUAGGAAGUCUUGACGAUUCUAGGGAAGUCCUUGGGUCGACCUUAAACCCAAGAUCUUCUUUCCUUAGACGACCGGCUGUGACGUCGCCAUAUUCAUUGAGGAGACUGGGUACUAGAUCAAGAGUUUUGAAUGAUUCCGGAGAACGGGGCAGCAACUGGUCAAAUAUAUUCAGUCGACUUAAUAGGAGAAGGUACUUACGUAGAGGAGGGGAUAGCUCCGAAGAAAAGAUAGGAGGGCGAUUCAACCGUUACAACAGGAGGCGAUUGGGAGGAUAUAGUUCAGAGGAAAGGGGGCGUGGUAUUUUAAAUAGAUUCUAUAGAAGACGACGGGGUGGAGAUAGUUCUGAAGAAAGAGGACGAGGUCUCUUCAGUCGAAUUAAUAGAAGAGGACGAUUGGGUGGAAACAGCUCAGAAGAGAGAGGACGCGGUCGUCUGUACAGCCGAUUUAAUAGAAGGAGAUGGAAUGACAGUUCAGAAGAACGAAGAGGUGGCUUCCGUGGUCUCUACAGCAGAUACAACAGAAGGUGGGGUGAUGAUUCAGGGGAGCGUCGAGGGCGAUGGGGCAGGUUUUGGACAAGAGGGUCUGACGAAAACUCCGGAGAGCGGUUUUUCAGGAGAGGAAGGCGAUUUAGCACACGCAGCCCCUACAGGGAUCUUAACGACUCUGAUGAACGGGGUCUGUUCAGCAGAGGAAGAAGGAAUUACAGAUCUGUCAUUUCUAGAUUAAGGUCUCCAUAUUCUUACUCCAGGAAUAACUAUAACUGGCGCAAUAGGUUGUCUUUGUUCAACAAUAACUGGAUGGGAUAAACGUUUCUACUAUUUCAUUUCCGAUUAUAUGUUACACUGUUUAUCAAAAUAUGUCAUUGGCAUUAUAAAUGUAUUUUAAGGCUAUUGUAUUAAAGCAUUGGUAAAUAUCA